CAUGGUGGCGCGCACGCUCGUCCUCCUCCUCCUCCUCCUCUUGAUGUUUCUCGCCCCCGCCGCGGCCAUAGAUGUGCGCCGGCGCCGCUCCCUCGCCGACGAGGGCAACGGCGAUGUCGCCUCCCUCGCCGCCGGGAGCCCCCUCGUCACCGGAGUCAUGAACCAACGCCUCAAGUCCCUCACGGACGCGUUUGCUCAGCAGGUGGGCAAGGAGCUCCAUUACUGCAUCAAGGAUACAGACGACGAGUGGAACACCGCCUUCAAUUUCUCCUCUGAUCCCGCCUUCCUCUCCAACUGCAUGCAGGCCACCGACGGAGACCUACCGCAGCGUGUGUGCACGGCCGCUGAGAUGAAGUUCUACUUCGAGAGCUUCCUGGACAGCAAUGGGAGAAAGAACUACGUGAGGCCCAACAAGAACUGCAACCUCACAUCGUGGAUGGAUGGCUGUGAGGCUGGGUGGGCAUGCAGUGCAGGCAGCGACCAGAAGGUCGACAUGCAGGAUGCCGUUAACUUCCCUUCCAGAACACUUAAUUGCCAGGGCUGCUGCGCUGGAUUCUUUUGCCCUCAUGGCCUCACUUGCAUGAUACCAUGCCCUUUGGGAGCAUACUGUCCAGAAUCCACCUUAAACAAAACAACUGGAGUCUGUGAUCCAUACAACUAUCAGCCACCUCCUGGGAAACCGAAUCAUACUUGUGGUGGUGCUGAUAGAUGGGCAGAUGUUGUGAGCACUGACGAUGUUUUCUGUCCAGCCGGCUUCUACUGUCCAAGCACUACAAAGAAACUCUCUUGUAGUAGUGGUUUCUAUUGCAGGAAGGGAUCAACUUCCCAAACCAAAUGCUUCCACAAGGGCAGUUGUAAACCAAACUCUGCAAAUCAGGACAUCACAAUAUUUGGUGCACUGCUUGUGGGUGCCCUGAGCUUAGUGCUGCUGAUCAUCUACAACUUCUCAGGGCAACUCCUGACCAACCGAGAGAAGAAGCAAGCGAAAUCUCGGGAGGCCGCCGCAAGACACGCGAAAGAGACCUUCAUUGCUCGCGAGAGGUGGAAGUCGGCUAAAGACGUCGCCAAGAAGCACGCCGCCGGCCUGCAGUCAUCGCUGUCCCGCACAUUCUCGCGCAAGAAGACGCUCAAGACGCACGAUCCUGCGUCCAAGGGCGCAGCGGCGGCAGCGGCUGAAACCGAUGCCGGUGCCGGUGCAUCGAGAGAACCUCCAGGAGAGAAGAAGAGCAAUCUCACUGACAUGAUGCGAUCGCUCGAAGAGAAUCCAGAGAAGGGAGAAGGGUUCAACGUGGAGAUAGGAGAGAAGAAGAAAACCAAAGGGAGGCAUGCUCACACCCAGAGCCAGAUCUUCAAGUACGCGUAUGGGCAGAUCGAGAAGGAGAAGGCGAUGGAGCAGCAGAACAAGAACCUGACCUUCUCAGGCUUGAUAUCCAUGGCCACCGACGAGGAUGUCAAGACGAGGCCUAGAAUCGAGAUUGCUUUCAAAGACCUUACCCUGACCUUGAAGGGGAGCAAGAAGAAACUGUUGCGGUCUGUGACUGGAAAGCUUAUGCCUGGUCGGGUAGCUGCUGUGAUGGGUCCAUCCGGCGCAGGAAAGACCACGUUCUUGAGUGCAAUCGCCGGCAAGGCAACUGGGUGCGAGACGACAGGUAUGAUACUCAUAAAUGGCAAAAUGGAACCCAUCCGUGCAUACAAGAAAAUCAUCGGCUUUGUCCCACAAGAUGACAUUGUCCAUGGGAACUUGACUGUUCAGGAGAAUCUCUGGUUUAACGCACGAUGCAGGCUUUCUGCUGACAUGUCGAAAGCUGACAAGGUCCUUGUUGUGGAAAGAGUCAUCGAGGCUUUGGGACUGCAAGCAGUUCGUGAUUCUUUGGUUGGGACCGUCGAACAGCGCGGCAUCUCUGGUGGCCAGCGUAAACGAGUAAAUGUUGGGCUAGAAAUGGUCAUGGAACCCUCGGUGCUGAUUCUAGAUGAGCCAACAUCUGGUUUGGACAGUGCCUCGUCCCUGCUACUGCUUCGUGCACUACGCCGGGAAGCUCUUGAAGGUGUCAACAUCUCCAUGGUGGUUCAUCAGCCCAGCUAUACGUUGUAUAAGAUGUUCGAUGAUCUGAUACUUCUCGCAAAGGGUGGUCUGACGGUUUACCAUGGACCUGUGAAGAAAGUGGAAGAAUACUUCACAGGACUGGGGAUCGUUGUCCCUGACCGCGUGAACCCUCCGGACUACUACAUCGACAUCCUGGAGGGGAUCGUGAAGCCAAACUCAAACGUCGCGGUUAACGCCAAGGACCUCCCCCUGCGAUGGAUGCUGCACAAUGGGUACGAGGUUCCACGGGACAUGCUGCAGAGCGGCUCCGAUACAGAAUCGUCGUUCAGGGGAGGCGGCGACCAUGCCCCCGGCGGCGGCGACUCCGGCCAGUCCAUCGCCGGCGAAGUGUGGGGCAAUGUCAGGGACAUUGUCGGGCAGAAGAAGGAUGAGUAUGACUACAACAAAUCCUCUGAAAAUCUGUCGAAUCGAUGCACUCCUGGCAUCCUCAGGCAGUACAAGUACUACCUGGGGAGAUGUGGCAAGCAGAGGCUCCGUGAAGCUAGAAUACAAGGAGUUGACUAUCUAAUACUGGGGCUUGCUGGUAUCUGUCUCGGGACCUUAGCUAAAGUGAGCGAUGAGACGUUUGGGGCACUCGGUUACACAUACACUGUCAUUGCCGUAUCUUUGUUGUGCAAAAUUGGAGCACUGAGAUCGUUCUCGCUGGAGAAGAUUCACUACUGGAGGGAGAGAGCAUCCGGAAUGAGCUCGCUAGCAUACUUCAUGUCCAAAGACACGAUAGACCACUUCAACACGAUCGUCAAGCCCAUGGUCUACCUGUCCAUGUUCUACUUCUUCAACAACCCGAGGUCUUCGAUCUGGGAGAACUACGUCGUUCUCGUGGCGCUGGUCUACUGCGUGACAGGAAUCGGCUACACAUUCGCCAUCUUCUUCCAGCCAGGAUCUGCGCAGCUGUGGUCAGCGCUGCUCCCGGUGGUGCUGACGCUGAUAGCGACGCAGCAGAAGGACACCUUCUUCGCGAACCUGUGCUACACGAAGUGGGCGCUGGAAGGGUUCGUGAUCGCGAACGCGCAGCGGUACUCGGGCGUGUGGCUGAUCACGCGGUGCGGGUCGCUGAUCAAGAACGGGUACGACAUCAACGACAGGAUCCUGUGCAUCGUCGUCCUCGCCGCCAACGGGGUGCUCUUCCGCUGCGUCGCCUUCUUCUGCAUGGUCAUCUUCCAGAAGCACUGACACUGAGUACUGUACUAAUUAACUCCUAGAUCAAAAUUAAGAAUAUGCAUAUGUAUAGAUGGAUCAAUUAGGAUGCCCAUCGAUCCAAUGUAUACUUGUAUACGUAUCACAGGUGUUUAUUUGUUGUGUUGAGUUAACGAGAAAAAAAGAGAGAGAGAAUAUUGGUUCCUUUUGUACUAACUUGUAACUUCCACUCUAGUAAUUAAGGCUGUGCUUGUGUCGAUCGGCAUUUUCUUGACGUACUAACUUACUGUUG